AUGGACAACCUUAAUAUUUUGUCCAUAAGUUUGCUGGUUUUUCUAGUAUUAGGAUCUUGUAAUGGUGGUGAGUUAAGGAAAAACUUUUAUCGAAUUAGUUGCCCUGAAGCUGAGAAUAUUGUUCGACAUGUUACAUGGAAACAUGUCGCUAGCAAAAAUACAUUGCCCGCUAAGUUGAUCAGAAUGCAUUUCCAUGACUGUUUUGUUAGGGGUUGUGAUGGCUCAGUGUUGCUCGACUCAACCUCAAAUAAUGCAGCAGAAAAAGUUGCGGUCCCUAACCAAUCCCUUGAAGGAUUUGAUGUCAUUGAUGAAAUAAAGAGUCAGCUAGAGAACAUCUGUCCAGGAGUAGUAUCCUGUGCUGAUAUUGUGGCUUUAUCUGCUAGAGAUUCGGUUUCGUUUCAAUUUAAUAGAUUGAUGUGGGAGGUGCUAACCGGUAGAAGAGAUGGAAGGAUUUCCCGUGCAUCAGAGGCGCUAGCCAACAUCCCUUCGCCAUUUUUCAACUUCACCACCCUCAAACAAUCUUUUGCCAACAAAAGUCUCACAGUGAAAGAUCUCGUUGUUUUAUCAGGUGCACAUACAAUUGGAGUUGGACACUGCAACUUCUUCAGCAACAGACUAUAUAAUUUCACCGGAAAAGGCGAUGCAGAUCCCUCCUUAAACUCAAUCUAUGCAGCAACAUUGAGAACAAAAUGCCAAAGCCUUUCAGACAACACAACUAUAGUAGAAAUGGAUCCUGGGAGUUCUUUAACAUUUAAUACUCACUACUUUUCAGUUCUGAAGCAACAACAGGGACUUUUCCAAUCAGAUGCUGCCCUUCUGACUAAUAAGGGUGCUAGUAACAUAAUCGACGAGUUGGUAAGCCCCGGAAAAUUCUUUACCGAGUUCAGCCAAUCAAUGAAGAGAAUGGGGGCUAUUGAUGUACUGACAGGAACUAAAGGAGAAAUAAGGAAGAAAUGCAGUGUUAUUAAUUCUUAA